CGCAGUUAUCACCAGAACGUUCAAGAGGAAGAGGCGCUACACAUGUCACUAUUGCACACACGUCUUUUUCAUUACGUUUCCUGAAGGUCGAGUGGCAGAAUAUUUGCACGAAUCGCUGCAUAAGUGUCGCCAACGCACCAGGCAUCUUUUUCGUUAUAAGUUUCCUAGCGCUCGACUGGAAUAAUAUUUGCAGGAAUCGCUGCGCAGGCGUCGCUAUUCCACAAGGCAUCUUUUUCAUUGUAAGUUUUCCAUUGAUUUCCGCUGCUGCUUCCAUUUUUGGCGCUCAAUUUCUCCCUUAUAUAAAUGGAGAAGGAAAAAAUCGCUGCUAUAUAUGAAUGUUCGAUCAAAGAAUGCCUUGGAAGCAGAGCUGAACCAACAAUCGAAAAUUUCGGGUUAUGGUUACUUCAAGAAAAUUUAGAUAAUGAUAAUCUUUUAACAAAUAUCGGAGAUAUAGAUUAUACAAAUGGAGAAGAAAAGCUAAAAAAAUUUGAACCAAUUUCAGAGCCAUUUUGUGAUAACAUUAUGAUGGUUACAAUUACAGAUUCUCAAAACUGUUACUCAAAAAAUGGAAAGCUUUUAGCUACAAAAGAAGUAUGUGGCGAGUUUAACAAUGUUCUUAGAGAUAAAUUUAAGAUAUUUAAAUCAGGAAGACGGGCCAUUGCUGCCAAACCACCAUAUAAACUAGAUUCUGAUUCGCAGGUAGUUACAGGUGUUAAGCAAAUUAUAGGCAAGAAAAUAGAAAGUGUAAAGGAAAACUACAAAGAACCAGUAGUAAUUCCAUAUAAAAUAGAACUUGCGGAUGUCAAGUUGCGCAAGCUCUUACGCAAAUUACCUGAUAUAAUAAAAGAGCUCAAAAACAAUAACUUCUAUUUAUUAGACUUCGAUAUAACGCAGGAUUUUGCUGGAAUAUUUAACAAGGGCGAAAUGUCUGAUUAUCUCAAAGAGAAACAUAAUUUUUGUUUCCAAAGUGAAUAUAAAGAGGAUUGCAAUGUAAUAGUAGAUGAUGAUAAAAGUACUGGAAUAGAUUGCUUAACGUGGAAGAAUGGUAGUUCUAGGGUUAAAAUUUACAACAAAUAUAUAUGCCAACUAACAAAUCCUGGAAUGAGUAAACAACUCGGAAACCAUAUAAUAAAUUUAGUAGAUUGUCCCAAUGAAAAAUUAAAAGAAACAUUUAACAAUCCUCGGGCAACAAAUAAUGGAAUUACUAGAUUAGAAGCUACAAUCUAUAACUAUACAGAUCCAAAAUUUAAAGUAACCCACAAAGUUCUUCCAUUAUCUAAUUGUAACACCAUAAUAGAAGACAACAAAAAAUAUUUCGAAAGUGCACCAUUCUAUUCAGUCCCACUUUCUAAAAUGUGGACGAAAUUAACAAACAAAUUAAAAAAUAGCUGUUGUGUUGUUUCUAAAAAUUUAUUACAGUAUGCAUACUGGGGAAAUACUAGUUCAAAGAAAUUAACUGGAAUACAAAUAAAGUUACCAGGAAAUCAGACAGAAAGAACAAAACGUAUAAACUAUGUAUUGUCCGCUUACAGUUUUAAAUCAUUGCCACUUAACUACUUAGAAAUUUUAGAAAAUACACAAAAGUUAAAUGUUGUAUCUAUAAUACAUAAAUGCUUUAUUAAGCAGGAGGGAGAGACAUAUUUUAGUAGAUCUAGGUGUCAUCUAUCUAUAAUACAUGUAGGCAUUGAUAUAAAAAAAUUUGGAUUAAUAGAAACAACUAAUGUUAAACCAUUAAUUUUACGUAAAAGGCCCAGUGUUAGAAUGGAACCUCCAUAUAAAAUUAAAGAGACAGAACCCAUUAAUAAAGCUUACACCCAGUCUAGAAAUAAGAGAGACAGAGAAUUUAAAGAAAUAAGCAUAAAGAGUAGGAAAAAGGAUUUCUUGAAUAAAACGAGGAGUAUACUAGAAGAUAAUAAAAAUCUGAUAGAGCAAUAUCAAAAAAUUAAAGAAACAGAGGAAGAAAUUAAAAAUUGUUUUUCUAAAGGUUUGAUAAACUUCGAUAUAACUGGAAUUUACAAAAUCAAUGCAAUUAUUCUAAAGAUAGAAAGUGGGUCUAUAAACGUUGGUUUUCUUGGGGGAAAAGGCAAUGAAAAAGUGGUAUAUUUUCUUAAAGGGUGUUACAAUGGAGCUGACAGUCAUAGAGACAGUCUAAGAGAAAAAGGAUUUAUGUUUUCCUAUGGUAGUGUGAAAAUAGUAUAUUACCCUGUGAAAGAUGAUUUUUUUGAAUUUACUGCUAAUGGAACCAUAAUUUUUAAUGCAUCAGAAAUAAAACCUUUUGAAAUAACAAACAGUUCUUACAUGAAUCAGCUUUUAAUAUGUAAAGAGGAUGUGGCAGAAAUAGAAAAUAUAAAAAUGGGAACAAUAGAAUCUGAAAUUAAGGUUAAAGAAUGCAAAACAUUAGAAGAUUUGAAAGAAGGUGUUAAUUUACUUAUUUCACAUAUUCAGGCAAAAAACUAUUAUGGUAGAGAUAGAUAUAUAUUAAUGUUUGAAAACAGAGAUGAUUAUUAUGUAUCAAAUUAUUGGUUAGAGAACGAAAUAAAGUGUGGAAAUAAAGACAUAAACUUUAAGUUAAAGAUUAGGUUAGAUAUAAUAGAAACAACACCUGAGAGGAAGAAAGAGAGAUUGGUAUUUGUUGCUUAAAUUUAUAAGAUUUUCUUGUGGAAGUAUUGAUAGAUAUGAUUUUAAUGAAUGGAGACACAUUUUGUUCUUGUAUUGCUAUUAUUCUUUUAUAUUUUGUUAUUUAUAUGCGAGUUUUAUGUAAUAUAUUGUGAAUCUAGAGUUUUUUUCAUUUGCUUGUAAGGGUCUACCUCAUAGACCUUUAGCUUCAUAAUUUUCUUUUACAAUGUGGAAUUAUUCCAGUCUUGGUUCUAGUACUUUAGUUCUUGCAGGAUAUUGGACAUACAUUGUAUUACUUUGUGAAAAGCCUACCAGGGAACCACACAUCAAAAAUAUUUCAGGUAGACUUUCAAGAGUUAAUUAUUUAAUUAUAAAUUGAGAAGAACAUGUUCCAGAUAAAUGUGUAAGAUCAGCAUAUUUGGCUUUCUUCCAAAACAUUAUAUCAUACGGAAUUUUGUGUCACAUAAAUGAAAUUUUACUUUUGCAGAAGAAAGUAUUAAGAAUAAUUACUGAUUCUGGUAAAUCAUAACACUGUAAACCUGUGUUUGUUAAAUUGCAAUGUCUGACAGUAGCAAACCUAUUCAUUUAUAAUGUUCUGUUGUACAUUAGAAACAAUGUUUCAAAAUUUGUAUUGAGAAGUGAUAUUCAUAGCUAUAAUACUAGAAAUAAAACCUGUGUAGAUAUGCCACAUCAUAGACUAUGUAAGUCACAGAACUCCUACCUUGUCUGUGGAGUAAGGAUGUUUAACAGACUAAGCAAAGAUUUUAAAGAAUUACCUGUAAAUAUUUUUAAAGCCAAAUUGUAUAAGCUACUAGUAAACUAUCCUUUUUACACUCUUCAUGAAUUUUUUGAAGAUGAAAAUAUUGCUUUGUAACAUAUGGUUUCUACUAUUACCCAUUUCAUGCGAACUAAAGUACUUUGCAAAAUGUAUGGUCUUGACUUUAUCUAUUGCUAUAAUGACCUGGAUGACAAUAAAAUUUUAUUAUUAUUAUUAUUAUUA